UCUUGGAACCCCCCCCAAAUUCUAUAUUGAGUAUUUAGAUACAGUUCUGACACCUCAAUAAUCUAUUUUUUGAAUUUCAUUUUUCAUUAGCACAUACUAAUACAUUUUAUGGAUAUUGUUAAGUAUUUUACAUGUAUAUAGCAUAAACUGAUCAAGUGAAGUACAUAGCAUUUAUAUUUCCUAAUAUUUUCUUUAUAUUUGGAGCUCCUCUCUCCUAGUUCUUCAUACAAGUAUGUAAGACAUUAUUUUGAACUAUAAACAUAUUAAUAAUACCUUGUUUUAAAAUCAAUGAUCUCAGGCACUGUGGCUCACUAGGCUAAUCCUCUGCCUGCGGUGCCGGCACCCCAGGUUCUAGUCCCGGUUGGGGUGCUGGAUUCUGUCCCGGUUGCUCGUCAUCCAGUCCAGCUCUCUGCUGUGGCCUGGGAGUGCAGUGGAGGAUGGCCCAGGUUCUUGGGCCCUGCACCCCAUGGGAGACCAGGGGAAGCACCUGGCUCCUGGCUUCGGAUUGGCACAGUGCGCCGGCUGUAGUGCACUGGCCGUGGUGGCAACUUGCGGGGUGAGCCAACAGAAAAAGGAAGACCUUUCUCUCUCUCUCUCUCUCUCUCUCUGUCUCACUAACUCUGCCUGUAAAAAAAAAAAAAAAAAAAAAAAAAAAAGAAGGAAAGAAAAAGAAAGAACCAAUGAUCAUGGAAUAUCUUUCCAUUCAUAUAGAUCUUUGGUUUCUUUCAUCUGAAUGUCUAAUUUUCUGCUUCAUGAUCCUGUACUUACUUUGUUAGAUUCAUUUCAUUUUUGGAUGCUAUUUCAGAUAAAAUUAUUUAAAAAUAUUUUAAUUCCACUUGUUCAUUGCUGGUUAAUAGGAAAGCACUUGACUUUUGUAUGUUAGGAUAUUAGUCAUGUAUCCUGAAAACUUGCUCUAAUUGCUUUUAAGUUCCAGGAGAUAUUUUUGUGGAUUACUCAGUAGUUUCUACAUAGACAAUCAUGUCAUGGAGAGAUGAAACCUGCUGUCUGCUUGAGUGGGUGACCCUGAUUCUACUCCAGGUCUUACAAAGAAAUCCCUGGGAUAUUUUAUCUUAAUUAAAAAUGGACUAUCAGCUUGAAAAUGAGAUUCUGGGGUCACAUGUUUGACCUAAUGGUGCUAGUGGUUAAGACACUCGUAUAAGAGUACCUGGAUUUGAGUCCCAGCUCUGCUCUUGAUUCUAGCUUCCUAUUAAUGUGGGAGACAACAGGAGAUGGCUUCAAUGGUUGGAUCCCUGUCACCUAUACAGGAGACCCUGGUUAAGUUUCCAAACCCCAGCUUUGGCCUAGCCCAAUCCUAGUCAUUGUAGGCAUUUAUUGAGUGAACCAGCAGAGGGUCUCUGUCUCUGAGAUAAACAAAUAAAUUAAAUUCUAAAAUAGGUUGUUUAACAUCUGUUCAGUCAGAAACAAAAAACUGGGCAGGCAAUUUUCCCUUCUACAAAACUGUGCUUAUGCAUGCAGAGGUGACGUGAAGUGGGUAUUUGCAUCCCCAAUUCCACUGCUCCAAUUCAACUGUUGAAGCCUUAACCCACAAAAUGGUAGUAUCUGUAGAUGUGACCUUUGGUGGAUAAUUAGGGUUAAAUGAAGUCAUGCGGGGGGGCCCUCAAGAUGGGAGUGGUGUCCUUACAGAGAAGGACAUCAUAGAGUUUAUUCUCUCCCCAUGCUUCCGUAAGAGGUCAGGUAAACACAAUGGGAAGGGACCAUCUGCAAGCCAGGAUGACAGCUUUCACCAGGCUUGACCAUGCUGGCACCCUGGUCUUACCUUCCAGCCUCCAGACCUGUCAGGAGGUAAAUUUCUGUUGUUUAAGCCAGCCAGUCUAUGCUAUUUUGUUAAGAUAGCCCAAGGAGAUUAAGACAAAUUAAGAUACGUCCAUGGCACCAUUGUAUGUUGGAAAUACAUAAUAUGUCUGUCUUCACAGGUUCAUAAUUAGAGAGUAAUUAUAUUUAUUUAUUUAUUUGACAGAUAGUUAGAAAGUGAGAGAGAGAGACAGAGAGAAAGGUCUUCCUUCCGUUGGUUCACCCCCCAAAUGGCCGCUACGGCUGGAGCUAUGUUGAUCCGAAGCCAGUAACCAGGUGCUUCCUCCUGGUCUCCCAUGUGGGUUCAGGGGUCCAAGCACUUGGGCCAUCCUCCACUACCCUCCUGGGCCACAGCAGAGAGCUGGACUGGAAGAGGAGCAACUGGGACUAGAACCCAGCACCCAAAUGGGAUGCUGGUGCCACAGGCGGAGGAUUAAUCAGGUGAGCCACGGCGCCAGCCCCUAGAGAGUAAUUUCAUCUCAGGAUGAAUCCUUUGGUCUUACCUACAUUUGAUAUAGAUAUGACUUUGGACUUUAGAAUCAAUGCUGCAAUGAAUUAAGACUUCUGGGGUUGGAAUGGAAUGAGUAUGCAUUUUGCAUCUGAGAAGCACAUGAAUUUCGGGGGGCAGGGUGUGGAAUGUUAGGGACUGAGUGUUUUGUCCUCUCCCCUCCUGUCAAUCAUACAUUAAAGCUGUGACUUUCAGUGUGAUGGAUUUUGGUGAUAGCACCUUUGGAAGAUAAUUAAGGUCAGAUGAUGUCACAAGGGUGGGAACAUUUUCAGAAGUGACACCGGAUAGCUUUCUCUUCUCUCCCUCUCCUUUCUUCCCUUCCUUCCUGCACACAUGCACACAAAGAAGUCAAGUGAGCACACAAUGAGAUGGCAGCUGCUUAAAAGCCAAGCAAAGAGGCCUCAGAACGAGGUCUGCCAGCACCUUCAUCCUGGACUUCCCAGUCUCCACAGUUAUGAGAAAUAAACUUGUUUCUUUUUAUAAUCAUAGAGUCUACGGUAUUUUGUUAUGACAUGCCAAGCUCAUGAGAAAGGAGGUAAUAUUUAUUAAGUGCCAACUAUAUGUUAAGUACUGGGCCUCAUUUAAACUUCGGAAAAAAAGCAGGAGGUAAAUUAUCAGUAUUUCCAGUUUUCCAAUGAGGAAGGAAAAGCUCAGCAUCACAGUUAGUAAGUUAGGGCAGAUAGUAUAUUGUCUUCUGCCCAAAGGACUGUGCCAAUCUAGUCUCUCACCAACAGCCCCCAUCCAUUACCCACUUCCAUGACUAGCCUCCGAUCUUCUAAAAACUCCAUGAUAGGCCCAUCUCACUGUAAGCUCUUGAUCUCAUUCCUUCCUUUUCUAAGCUAAUGGCUAAAACUGGUGACAGCUUCUGAAUUUGAUAUAAAAUAUUGGCUUUGAGUCUUCAAUGCCAGCAUGUACAUAGCAACAUGACUUUUUUUGAUGGCUGUAGUUUAUAUUAUCACAUGUGCAUCCCUCUUAUAAGCACCAUGUUUAUUAAGCUAACCCCUAUGCUCCAUGAAGCAUGUUUAGGUUGGAGCAAAACCUUCGCUAUUGAAAAACAAAACAGGGAGUGGAUGCUUGGCUUAGCAGAUAAGAUACCACUUGGGGUACCUGCAUACUGUAUUGGAGUCCCUGGGUUUGAGUUCUGCCUAGACAUCUGAUUCCAGCUUCCUGCCUACAUAUGCCCUGGGAGGUAACAGUUGAUGGUUCAAGUACUUGGAUCCCUGCCACCUAUGUGGGAGAUCUGGAUUGAGUUCUAGCCUCUGGUUUCAGUGUGGCUCAGACCAAACUGUUAUAGCCAUUUGGGAAAUUAACUGGUAGAUGGGAGAUUUCUCUCUCCCUCUCCCUCUCCCUCUCCCUCUUACACUCUCUCUGUUUCUCUUACUUUCAAAUAAAUUAAAAAUAUGUAAAAUUUUAAAAGCACCAACAAGAAUAUUUAAAUGUGGGGAGCAACUGGGAGCAACUCGGACUAGACUAAGUUACUGGAAUUAAGACUUAUUCUAUGCAUCUGCUUUCCCACAAUAUGGCGCUGAGAAGGGAAACAGCUUCUACACAGCUGCCUCCAGUUCAACCAAUAAACUGUGGGACCUGCUCCUGAUUGGAGGAGAGCAGCGUACUCGGCGUGUGGGUAGCAGAGUUGGGAUUGGUGGAAGAGGACUAUAAAGGAGGAGAGAGACGGCAUGCACCAGGAACAUCUAAGAGGAACACCUGUGCAGCCCCCGAGAGAGCCGGCUGGCGGUGUGCUGCUCCCCUGCGGAAGUGGGGAAUGUGGCAGGGGGAACCGCCCUUCCACGGAGGUGGAAGGGAUGGUAGCCAAUCCGGGAAGGACCAGCAGCCAACCCGGGAAGGGUCAGUAGCCAACCCGGGAAGAACCAGCAGCAAACCCGGGGAGGGCCGAGCAGACGAAAGAACAGCUCAGGGUCCUGUGUCGUUCCUCCACGAAGACGGGGAGCGACAUUUAAAUAAUGUUAUACCCAGUAUAUUUGUCUUUGUGGCCCUGUGCGAACCAAUUGGUAGAAUACAUUACCAGGAGAACUGAUAGCUCAGAAGCCAUAUCAAUUUUCUAUAUUUCUUGUAAGUCUUCCCUAUUUAAAAAUUUUCCAUGUUUUCUUCUAUUGUUUCUAAGAUGUAAGAUUUUUUUUUUUUCAUUUACUUUUUGGUUCCACCAGAAGUUUAUUUUGGCAUAAAGACUAGUGAAAUGUCCUACCUUUUUUUUUUUUUUUUUUGCUAACAGCUUUUAUUGAAAUGUCAAUUUUUUUCUUCAUUGAUUUAAAAUACUGCUUCUAUUGUAUGUAAAAUCUUUGUGUAUACUGGUCUCCUCUGGACUGUUCAUACUAAUUUCAAACUGUUAAAUGUUCACAUAGCAGAGUGCUAAGGUGCAAGGUGCUGGAAUCAGAGUGCCUGAAGUCAAAUCCUAACUCCGUGAUCUACAAAGUAGAUGAGUUGGGGCUAGCUACAAAAAAUGGCUUUGCUGUUUAGCUUUCUUAUCUCUGAAAAGAUAAGAUGUCAAACUACUAUUGGCUAUUGGCUUCCUUACCUAAAUCCAGACUUUGAGGGUGGGUAGAAAAGAGAAUGUAGAUGAAGAAUCUUAAUUAUACUCAGAAAGUAACCAAAAUCCAUGAGGAAUCUUGGGAAACAGAUGCCAGGUAACAGUGACUUGGAGAGGUGCAAAAUCAAGUGCAAUCUUUUUUAUCUUUUUUAAAAUGUUUAUUUUUAUUUCAUUUUAUUUCUUGCUUUUAUGGAUUUUUCAAAAAUUUUAUUUAAGUUAUACAAUUUCAUGUAUUUCAUAUAUACAGAUUUUGGAACAUAGUGACAUUUGCCCCCACACCCCCUCCUACUAUGCUUCUGUCCAUCUUCCUCCCUCUCACAUUCCCACACUUACUUUUUUUUUUUAUGUUUUGACAGUCAGAGUGGACAGUGAGAGAGACAGAGAGAAAGGUCUUCCUUUUGCCGUUGGUUCACCCUCCAAUGGCCGCCACGGCUGGCACUCUGCGGCCGGCGCACCGCGCUGAUCCAAUGGCAGGAGCCAGGUGCUUCUCCUGGUCUCCCAUGGGGUGCAGGGCCCAAGGACUUGGGCCAUCCUCCACUGCACUCCCUGGCCACAGCAGAGAGCUGGCCUGGAAGAGGGACAACCGGGACAGAAUCUGGCGCCCUGACCGGGACUAGAACCUGGUGUGCCAGCGCUGCAGGCGGAGGAUUAGCCUAUUGAGCCGAGGCGCCAGCCUCCCACUCUUACUUUUUACAAAGAUCUGUUUUUAGUUUACUUAAUGAUCAUAUUGUUAACCACACACUAAGUAAAAGAUUUCAACAGAUAGUAUGAAUAAGAAGGAAAAUAAGAGAAAAAAAUUCCCACUCUUCCUCAAUGGAAGAGAUAAGGGCUUUAAACAAUCUCGAAUCUCAAAGGCAGAGUUAUGAGGUGGGGGAGACAGAGAAAGAGGUCUUGCAUCUGCUGGUUCACUCCCCAAAUGGCUACAAAGGCCAGGUAGGAGCCAGGAGCCAGAAACUUCAUCUGGGUCUCCCAUGUGGGUGCAGGGGCCCAAACAUUUGGACAAUCUUCCGAGGCUUUCUCAGGCACAUUAGCAGGGAGCUCAAUUGGAAGUGUGGCAGCAAGGACUCCAACCUGAGCCCAAAUGGGAUGCGGGUGCUGCAGGUGGCAGCGUAACCUGCUAUUCCACAUUGCAGGCCCCAAGAUGAACACUUAGGAGGAAGCCUGGGGUGGAGAGGGAGGCAGGGUUCUAGUUUUACCCUGUUUUAUUGCUCAUGUUGAUCUAGGUGGAGCCUGAUCUGAGAGGUGAGAUUAGGAGACUGAAAUUGGUUUGGAAUGGAAUUACGUAUCCCUAAUUCAAAUUUGUAAGUAUGGUCUGAAUUUUUCGUUCUGCAUGAGGAAUAUAGGGUGUUCAGAGCCUCACAAAAUAUGGGCAUCAAAACACAAAGCAAAUAAUAGUAUAGCUGAAGUAGUAUGAGGGUACUUAAAAAUAUUCAAAACUAGAAUUGAACUAUAAGUUAAUUUUAGUGCAAAAAUUUGAAAUCCUUGGAUAUAAUGAGCCUUCAAAUGGUUCACAGACAAAGCAUAUUAGGAAAAAACUAUGUAUGGUUUUCAAAAUUUUUUUGCACUAAAAUGAACUUAUCUUUUAAUUCCUUAUUCCCACAAACCUUGUUGACAUGUCCUCAUGUACGAUGACGCUGGGACCGCCAGGAUCACUCUGUCCUUGUUGUUUUCCCAAGGAAGAACAAGGCAGCAUUAGCUGGAGGCAGCAGGAUCUUGCUGAAGGCUCAUGGAUGGGUGAUUGCCACUAAGAUUUAAAAAUCUAAAGAAAAAUCAACAUUUUCCCACAUUUCACACAGUUGAGUCUCAAGUAAAUCUCAUUUCCUGAUGUCGGAAUUCUGCGUCCGUGCAAAAAUGGAGUCUACAUCUCAAUUACCAACAGCUUUAGAUAUGGAUCUGACAAUAUCACAUAUUGAAUGCCUUCCCAAAGAUGUUCUCGUGAAAUUUCAAGGCAGAAAUAAUAGUGAAUGUGAGUUUGACUACCACAUAUUGCAGAGGGAGAUACAGCAUAGUCCAAAAGUAAAAAAUAAUGUGGCUGUUGAUGAACUUUGUCUGGUGGAAGAAAGAGUAUCUGGAGAAUGGCAGAGGGGAAGAGUUGUGGAAAAGAAAAAUGAACUCUACACAGUGCUCCUCAUAGAUCGUGGAGAAGAACUAAGAGUAGAUAGUACACAGAUUUCUUCAGCAUGUGCCAGUUUAUUUGAGUUGCCACCACGAGUGGUAUUUGGUAUUUUUGCCAACAUACUACCAAGUGGGGAAAAAUGGUCUCCUAAGGCUUUAAAUUAUUUCAAGUCAUUAGUGGGAAUGCAAGUGCAAGGUUACGUUCAAGCUAUUUUGCCUCUGCAAAUGAUUCUUCUUGAAGUGCCAAAAAUUAUAUCCCAGGCUCUUGAAUUACAAUUUGGAAGAUUUAUUGAUGAAGAUUCAUUUCAUCUUGUUGUGGAAAUGUUGAAAGAAUUCCCUCAACAAAGGCCAGAUUUGAUACAACAUAAAAGGCCUGAAUUGUCCUUAAGUAAUAAUGAUAGUUUACUUGAUAUUCAGCACGUUCUGGGUAAUUUGCAGCCAUCUUUGUCAGUAGGAAGUACUGAAAGUGUGAAGGUAUCAUCUGCGUUAAGUCCGAGUAAAUUUUAUUGUCAGUUAAUUAGAUGGAUACCAGAGCUGGAAAACUUGACAGUGUGUAUGACUUUGCAUUAUGAUAUAAUCAGUCAAGAAACCAGCCCCACUUGUGAUAAUUUUGGACUACUUUGUGUUGCCAAAAGGAGAAAUGGGCAGUGGCAUAGGGGGAUUCUCCAGCAGCUCUUGCCCAGGAACCAAGUGAAAAUUUGGUUUAUGGAUUAUGGCAGUAGUGAAGCUAUACCUUCAAUCCAUGUAAAGAAACUUAAACAGGAUUUUAUUUCAGUACCACUAUUUUCUUUCCCAUGUUCUCUGACAUGUUUACACAGUCCAGAUAGAGAAGAAAGAAAAUUUCAACUGAGUGUAUUUAAACAAGCCCUAUUAGGACAGGUAGUGUAUGCACAUAUUGAUUGGUUCAAUAAGGAUGAGCAUAUGUAUUAUGUGACAUUACAAACUCAAGAGUCUACAAUUAAUUCUCAGUGUCAGCUGAAGACUGGCACACAAGUAAUUUGUCCAGUCUCUGAUUCAAAUUCCUCCAGUAUCUUGCAUAAGACAAGUGUAUCUGAUGUGGACAGCUUUGCAGUUGAGAGUCAUUUUGGAAAUUGUGAACAGUUGAUAGACUCUCUAAACAACAAAGACAUUUUUAAAGUAGGCUUUUCUAUUAAAACUGUAGAAAUGGAGAUAGAGGCUACUUACAUAGCUUUUGUUGCAUAUGUAUUAAACCCAUCAAAUUUCUGGGUACGUACUAAUGACCAUCAGACUGAAUUUCAAGAUAUAAUGAAAAAUAUAAACAAAUUUUAUGAUUUAUGUGAAAAUGAUGAACUGAUUCUAAGAAAUCCUGAGCCUGGCUUAUUUUGUUGUGCUAGAUACAGUAAGGACAGACAUUUUUACAGAGCUGUCAUCACUGAAAUUAGUGGUUAUAAGAUUAAUGUUUAUUUUUUAGAUUAUGGAAAUACUGAUUCCAUACCAUUUUUUGAUGUAAAAAUUUUGCUUCCAGAAUUUUGUGAGUUGCCUGCCUUAGCCAUGUGCUGUUCACUUGCACAUGUGUUUCCUAUUGAGGAUUUAUGGGUGAAAGCAGCAAUAGAUUAUUUUAAAAAAAUUGUUUUGAAUAAAGCUAUUUUGCUUCAAGUCAUAGCCAAAAAAGAUGACAAGUACACUGUAAAGAUUCAGAGUAUCGAAGCCUCAGAAAAUAUUGAUGUUGUUUCUCUUAUGCUACAAGCUGGAUAUGCAGAAUAUUGGGAAGUAACACCAGAGUGUUUUCCAAAAUCUGUAAGUGAAUAUUCAAUGUUAAGUUUAAAAUCUAAAAACCAAGUUAAUAUUAAAAAAGUUGUAUCUGCUCUUCUUGAGGUACCUACAUCUAAAAUAUACCCUUCAGAUAAGCUAGAAAAAAAUAACUUGUCUUUGUCAAAGUACCCAACUGUUCAUGACUCAGAUUUAAAAAAUUCUUUCACCACCUCUCAGGGCCCUGAAUCGUCAUGGCCUUAUAAAGAAUAUAUGUUUAAACCAGGGACAAGCCUUGAAGUUAAAUGUUCUUACUACUGUGGCCCAGAUGAUUUUUCAUGCCAGCUCCAGUGUAAAUUAGAAGACCUAAAGUUACUAAUGGAACAAAUUCAGAAUUAUUAUAGCAUCCAUUCUGAUCCUUAUCAAAUUGGGCAGAUUGCUUGUGUUGCUAAGUAUUCCAAAGAUGGGAAGUGGUAUAGAGCUGCUAUUUUGACUCAGGUGUCAAAAAAUGAAGUUGAUAUAAUAUUUGUUGACUAUGGUUACCAAGAAAGAGUUUUAAUCAAAGACCUUUGUGCUAUUAACCCACGCUUUCUUUUAUUAGAAGGCCAAGCCAUUAGGUGUUGUCUUAACCAUUUAGUUGAGCCCGUUAGUUGUAAAUUGUUCCUUUGGACAAGAGAAGCAUCCAAAGACUUUGAAAAUUUUAUUUUUUCAUCUGGAGGAUUAUUGACUUGCAUUAUCUAUGCCUUAGUUUUUAUACACCCAAACUGUUUGUGUAAUUUAGUGGAUUUACAAUCACAAUCCUCCUUCACUAGUGCAAAAGAAUUUCUUAUUAGUCGUGGCUCUGCACACUAUAGCACAUCACCAAAGCCUCUUCCACCUUCAGUUAGUCUUUAUAGUUACUAUUAUUCUUCCUUUAAUUUAAAAAUUGGAAGUGAAGAAGAAGUAUAUAUAUCUCAUGUAUAUAGUCCCAAAAAGUUUUAUUGUCAACUUAGUAGAAAUAAUAAAGAUCUAGAGAUGUUAGAAACAAAAAUCUCAGAAAUUAUUAACCUCAAAAAAUGUCCAAAAUAUGAUUCUAGUAAAAUGAGAUUGUGCAUAUCUAAGUAUGUAGAGGAUGGUCUUUCAUAUAGAGCACUAGCAAUGCCAACAGAUUCAUCAUCUGACUUUCUAGUCUAUUUUGUGGACUUUGGAAAUAAGCAAUUAGUAGAAGAAAAUAUGCUGAGUGCCAUUUCAGAUCAGUUUCCAGAGCUGCUGUUUACACCUAUGCAAGCCAUUAAGUGCUUUCUGUCAGAUCUUGGAGAUGUGGAUAUUCCAUCAGAAAUCAGUGGCUGGUUUGAAGAUAGUUUCUUGGGAAAACCAUUGAAGGCAGUCAUCUUGUCUAGGGAGACAGAUGGGCAGCUUGGUAUAGAAUUGUAUGAUGGGUGUCAACAGAUAAAUCAGAAAAUUAAAAUGUGGCUUCAUACUUACAGAAAAAAACAAUCUGUCCAAGCACAUGGUAUGGAGAAGGCUCAUAAAAUGAGUGAGAAUAAGGCACUUGCUGCUUCAUUGAAAGAUAAAAUAGAAAGCAACUAUCACCAUCAUAUGAUAAAUAAAACUAGUCUAGUAACAUAUUCUGAUAACAAAAUAGAUCAGGUAAUGCAGCCAAAUAGUGUGCAUGCUAGGUUUUUGAAACCGCCCGUUUGCUAUAAAAUUGAAACUAUGUCCAGAAACAAAAUGAAGAAAUCUUUGAAUGAUGGACUUAAAAAUAAAGGUAUAAAAAUUGUCCCUGGAUCUGCACAUAUUAUUGAUGAAACUGAUGUGGGACAAAAAUCGGUAAAGGUUGUGUCAUCAUCUUUUAUCAGAGAGUUGAAUCAGGCAGCCUCACAAAACUUAUGUAGCCUUGUUAGACCACAGAUCAAAGACCUUCCUCAGCCUCACAUUUACGUAAAUUCCAAAGUUAAGGGAUAUGUGUCUAAUAUCAGUAAUCCAGCAAGUUUCCAUGUUCAGCUUGCUCAAAAUGAAAGCUUGAUCAUCAGACUUGCAGAUGCUCUAAAUGAAAGAAGAACAAAUAGAGGGAAGAAGAGAAAAUCGGUCAAACCUUUGGUGGGAGAUCUGGUGGUUGCAGAAUACUCUGGUGACAAUGCUAUUUAUAGAGCAGUUAUUAAAAAAAUCUUGCCAGCUAAUUCUUUUGAAGUGGAAUUUAUUGACUAUGGUAAUACUUCAGUAGUACACAUAUCUAAAAUUUAUGAACUUAAGAGAGAAUUCUUAGCUAUUCCUCCCCUAGGAAUCCAUUCCUUUCUUAGUGGAGUAAAAUGGAAUGAGCCUGAUGAAAUUUGGGACAGCAAAACUGUGGACUAUUUCGCCUCAAGAGUGAAUAACAGAAUCAUUUCUUGUGAAUUUUUGAAAAAAUGUGAGCAGAAAUGGGAAGUAAAUAUAAUUUGUGAUGAAAAAUGCGUCAUCAAUGAACUACUGAAAUGGACAGCGUGUUCAAAACUACAGAAGACAGUUUUGCCUGUGCCUCAGAUUGUCUCUCAGAAGGUGAACCCUGGGGAUAAUAAUGAAACGAAGAAAGGAAGAUCAAAUGAAUGUGCAGGUUCUGUGAUCCCUCAACCAUCCUGCCAACAGCCGGUUCAAAUUCCCUUUGAAGAGUUAAAACCUGGGCAACUUGAAAAAGCUGAAAUACUUUAUGUCUCAAAAAGUGGAAGAUUUUAUGUGAAGUUAUCCAAAAAUAAAAAAAUAUUUUCAGAUUUAACUGUGUUAAUUACAAAAGAAGAAAAUAACCCUUUUUUAUCAAUACAAAAUAUUGAAAAAGGCUUGGAAUGCUUGGCAAAAUCUAAGAAAUCCUUGAAGUGGUACCGAUCAAAAGUAGAAGAAAAGUAUGUUGAUGAAAAGGUGCUUGUUUUCUUAGUAGACAGUGGUAGGUAUGAAAUAGUGCCUUCAUACAAUACCAAGGCGCUCAGUGAUGAAAUCAGAAAUAUUCCAAGACAAGCUGUGCCUUGUAAGUGGAUUUGGUUUGAAAAUUCUAAGAACAUACAGUUUGAGUCCACUAUGUUUUUAUUUGCUCAUUUGGAAAUAAAAAUUCUUUUUCUGAAAUAUUCGGACUCUGCUUGGGAAGUAGAAAUUUUGAUAGAUGGCAUUUUGCUUUUGGAAUAUGUAAACCUGAAUACUGCUCAGGUUGAAGAAAACAAACAUCGCACUUCAGGAAUUGUGUUCAACACAGAAUCGCAAACUUCUGAGUCAUCAUGUGCGAUAAGAUCAUUUACCUGGGCACAACUUCAGAAUGGUAGACAAUAUUCUGGUAUUGCUACUGCUGUUACUGAUCCAACAGACUUCUGUGUUCAGCUAGAAGAUUUUUUUGACACAAUGAAAUGUAUCUUUAUGUUGCUUUCUGAUCUACCAGAAACAUUACCAAGCUUGCCUCCAGAGCACAUAAUUCCUGGUUGUACUUGUUUGUUCAAAUAUGAAUUGGAAGAUCAGUGGACUAGAGUCGAAAUCUGUGCUGUGUCUGAUAGGUCUUUACAUCUUAUGUUGAUUGACUAUGGGCUUUCUGUUUAUAUACCUUAUUCAGAUACAAUACAUCUUAAAGUUGUUCCUGAGGAACUUUUGAAUUUGCCAAGGCUAAGUUAUCCAUGUAUCUUACAUGGCAUCUUACCUGCUAAAAGCAGACACUGGGAUGAUGAAGCCCGAAGGUUUUGUCAAGAUUACCUAAGUAAACCAGGCCUAGUUUUUCAGCUAAGAGAAUAUAGUUUUCAAACAAAACUGAAAGUAGAUGUCAUUCAUGAGGAAAACAGUUUGGCAGAUCUAUUAGUUGCAUCUGGUCUCGCAGUGUAUUCUAAAGAUUCAGCUAAUAUUGAUGCAGUUACUGCUACUGAAUCUACUGAAAUCCAAUAUAAAUUCCAGACUGAUGUUAUUUGCCCAUCGUUAGAUAAAAAUCAUUUUGAAGGAGAAAAUAUAAAUUGUAUAUGCACUGAGAAACAAAAACUGAGAAAACAGAAACUGACAAAGAGGAAAGACACGUAUAAUAGCCUUUUAAGGAAAAGUCAUGUUAGUAAAAGAUUACAUUUUCGGAAUUUUACCGUGAGAAAAGAAGGUGGUUGUGAGAACUAUAAUCCCCAAAGUGCCAUCCCGUUUGAUGCAUGUGCAGCUGCUGCAUUUUGGAUGCUGCCGGAUAGCUCGAAGCCUAACACCAGUUGCUUUGAAAACACCUUUGCAAAACUACCAAGUGAAGGAAUGCAGGAAGAUAGUAGCGCAGUGGACUUGAGGACAACAGUAGAAGUGUUGCAUGUUAAAGAAAAAAUUACGUCAGAAGAACAUUUAAAAGGAAUUAAGAUGAUUGAGACUUCAUUGAAGGAAUUUGGGAGGAUUCCCUCGUUUCAAUUGUUUUGAAUACCUUGAGAAGAAUUGGAGUUACUUCUUCUUUAAAUGUAUGGUAGAAUUCAUCAGUGAAGCCAUCUGGCCCUGGACUUUUUUUUUUUUUUUUUUAAAGAUUAUUUAUUUAUUUAUUUGAAAGAGUUGCACAGAGAGGAGAGAAGAGGCAGAGAGAGGGGUCUUCUAUCUGUUGGUUCACUCCCCAGUUGGCUGCAAGCAGCCAAGGCUGUGCCUAUCUGAAGCCAGGAGCCAGGAGCUUCUUCCAGGUCUCCCACAUAGGUGCGGGGGCCCAAGCAUUUGGGCCAUCUUCCACUACUUUCCUAGGACAUAGCAGAGAGCUGGAUUGGAAGUAGAGCAGCCAGGACUCGAACCAGCACCCAUGUGGGAUGCCAGCACUGCAGGCGGUGGCUUUACCUGCUGUGCCACGGCGCCAGCCCCUCCUUUUACUUUCAGGAUGCAGAUAUCUUUGUUGCUGAGAUAUGUUUUUUGUAAGCAGCAAAUAAUAGAUGGGUCUUGUUUUUUAAAUCAUUCAGCCAGUCUGUAUCUUUAACUGGAGAGUUGAGUCCAUUUCAUUCAGCGUUGAUGGAUAGGUAAUGACUCAGCCCUACCAUUUUCCUAUAAAAUUCCCAUUGCUUACUUUGGAUUUCCUUUGUAUUUUUUACUGGUAGAUUUUAAGGCUUCGCGUCUUUCAUAGAGAUGACUGUUUCUUAGUGUAGCACAUCCUUAAGCAUCUUUUUUAGGCUGGACAGGUGGUGACAAAUUCUUUCAAUUUCUGUUACGGAAGUUCUUUGUAUCACCUUUAUUCAUAAUCAGCUUUGCAGGGUACAGUAUUCGGUGUUGUCAGUCUUUAUUCUCUUAACACUCGGACUAUGUCUUGCCCUUCUCUCUUAGCCUGUAGGGUUUCUGAUGAGAUGUCUACCAUGAGUCUAUUUGGAGAUCCUCUGAAAGUAACCUGGUGUUUCUCUUGUGUACAUUUUAGAAUCUUUUCCUUAUGGUUUUCUGUGGAAAAUUUGAAUACAAUGUGUUGUGGUGAAGAUCUUUUUCAGUAAGGUCUGUUAUGAGUUAUAAAUUGAGGAAGUUUUCUGUAAUUAUUUCAUUAAAAGGCAUUCUAAUCCAUUGUCUUUUUCUAUGCCUUCAGGAACCCCUUAGACCCAUAUGUUGGGUCAUUUGAUAGUAUUCCAUAAAUCUCCAACACUGUUUUUAAUUUUUCUAAUUUCUUCUUUUUUUUUUGUUGGCCUGACUGUAAAAUUUCCAGAUAUUUUUCUUCUAAGUUAGAUCUUCUUUCUUCUGCCUUGCCAAAUCUGUUGUUAAGGCUUUCUAGCAUAUUUUUAAAUUUGAUCUAUUAAAUUCUUCAUUUCUAAUAUUUCAUUUUGAUUUCUCUUUAAAAUCUCAAUUUUGUGGGAAAAAUUUUCAUUCCUGUCAUGUAUGAAUUUCCUUAAUUCAUGGAUUUGCUGCUUAUUCUGAGUAAUUCUGUGAUUCAUUUUUUAAAUUUCAUUUCUGGCAUUUCAUCGUUCUCUUCAUCUUUACGUUCUAGUAUUGAAGUGUUGUUGUGAUGUUCCUUUGAGGGCAUGAUGCUGUCUUCCUUGUUCUUUGAAUUUUUCUGUUUGUUUUUACUUUUGUUGCUGUUUUCUCUGAUGGCUUUUAUCUUUGGACUGUUCCUCUGUUGCUUAGUGGAGUGUCUUCUCUUUGAGUGAAUACCCAGAGGUAUACUUGGUGUGGCCAGGGAGCUCUGUUCAGGGUGAGGAGAGUAUCCACAGUGACAGCCAAUUUGGGUGUGGUAGAAUUCCUCUUAUUUUUAGCAGAGGGGAGGGUUUGAUCAGUUUUCUUGCCAUAUUCUCAUCCUCUCCUCCCCUCCCCCCCACCAAGAUGACCAGUGCCCAGGGGCUAGCCCCAGUGGGUGCAAUGUUCUUUCACACUGCCACAAGGACCACACAAAGGAUCCAUGCAGUUCUCAGUGUGAGUACAGAUCCCACAGCAGUGACCUACCCCAGGAAAUCAGUGAGCACUACACAUGUGGAGCUGCCCACAGCGAAUGCUCAGAGACAAAGCCAUACCUUGUUAACUCCCAUGCAGCCAGUGUUUCCACAGUCCCAGCACAUAAGGCUCCCACAAUCAAGGGGCACCAAGGGUCCAAUCUGCCCUGCCAGUCCAUCCCAUCCACAGAGAAGAUGCAAUGUGUAGGAGAGAAAUUGACAUUUUGAGAUGUGAUGAUUGUUCACAGACCUUGUCUCUGCUGUUGAAGAAUAGUGUUUUUUUUUUUUCCUUCAUAUAAUUUGUUGAACUGUUUACUUACUAUAAGGUUAAUCUUAUGAGUAUAAAGCAUAUUGAAAAUAGAUCAUUGUACAAAUUAAGAGUGGGAAUGGGUGAGAGGAGGAAGGGUGGGAGCAUUGGCUGGAGAGAGGGUAUCAUGGGAAACAUCACUAUGUAUAAAAUGCAUGAAAUUCAUAUUUCUUAAAUUUAAUAAAAAUAAAAUGAGGGUCUGGUGUGAGUGGCCACAGGUCCCCCCCCCACCCCCCGACACACAAAAAAGAUUUAUUUGAAAGAGUUACACAGAGGGAGGGAGAGACAGCAUGAGAGCAAACUUUCAUCCACUGGUUCAUUCCCUAGAAGACCUUAAAGGCCAGGUCAAACCCACCAGCCAAGAGUUUCUUCCAGGUCUCCCACUUGGGUGGCAGAGUCUUCAUUGCUUUUCCCAGGCCAUUAGCAGGGAGCUGGAUCAGAAGUGGAACAGCUGGGACUUGAACAGGUACCUAUAUGGGUUGAUGGAACAGCAGGUGUUAGCUUACCCUCCUAUGCCACUACACUGGCCCCUUUUACCUAUAUAUUUUUUGAGUUUUCAAGGUUUUAUAACACAAAAUGUGUACCUGAGCUAUCCAUUUUCUGUGCUGUGCAACCUUGCAUUGAGGUUAGUGACCCUCACGGCCAGUUGGACUGCUCUUUCCACGAUGGCUUUUUGGAGGAAACAUUGUGUGCAGUCCCCACAUAGUAGGAUUUGUUGUACAUCAGAAAUACCUCAAACUCCUUGACAUUGUGGACUGUGAACUUCCGGAGGCCACUGAGCAGCAUGUGCUUUGUUUUCUCGUUCCUGUAACCAAUGUUGGACAUCAACAUUACACCCUUGAAUCAUUUCCUCACUAUGUUUUCAAUACCUCUGGGUUUCUGCUAGUUAUGCGUAAUCUUGGCAUAUCAGACUGGCGCAGGUCCUUUUUUUUUUUUUUUUUUUUUUUUUUUUUUUAAGUCUUGGGCUCACCAGCGUUCUGAGGGAAGCCAUAUACUGACUGUAAGGUUGCCACCUCCAUAAGUAGUGCCAAGGAAGAAACGGGCUUUUGCCAACUUCUUGACAGGUUGUUUUUUUGAUUGUUGAAUUUUAUGAGUUACUGAUACAUUCUGGAUAUUAAUCCUUUUUCAGAUACAUACCUUUCAACUAACUUUCCACAUUUGGUUGGAUGUUUAAUUACUCUAAUGUGCAGAAACUUCUGAUUUUGAUAUAACCCCGUUUUGCUAGUUUUGCUCUUGUUUCAUCACCCACACCAGUGUCUUGAAGUGUUUCCUCUACAUUUUAUUCCAGCAACUUCAUAGUUUCAGGUCUUUAUUUGAGUUGAUUUUUGUAAAUGGUGAGAGGGAGGGAUCUAAUUUCAUUUUUCUAUGUGUAUAUCUCUAAUUUUGCCUUCGUCAUUUAUUGGAGACUAUUCUUUCUUCAAUGUAUAGUCUAGGCACUUUUGUCAAAAAUCAGUUGGAUGGGCUGGCGCCGCGGCUCACUAGGCUAAUCCUCCGCCUUGCGGCGCCCCCACACCGGGUUCUAGUCCCGGUCGGGGUGCCAGAUUCUGUCCCAGUUGCCCCUCUUCCAGGCCAGCUCUCUGCUGUGGCCCGGGAGUGCAGUGGAGGAUGGCCCAAGUCCUUGGGCCCUGCACCCCAUGGGAGACCAGGAGAAGCACCUGGCUCCUGGCUCCCGCCUUCGGAUCAGCGCGGUGCGCCGGCCGCGGUGGCCAUUGGAGGGUGAACCAACGGCAAAAAGGAAGACCUUUCUCUCUCUCUCUCUCUCUCACUGUUCACUCUGCCUGUCAAAAAAAAAAAUCGGUUGGAUGUAUGUAAAUGGAUUAAUUUCUUGGCUCUGUAUUCUGUUCCAUUAAUCUGUAUGCCAGUAAUAUCAGCGUCAUGCUGUUUUAAUUACUAUUUCUUGGUAGUCUUCUUUGAAGUCAGGUAUUGUAAUGCCUCAAACUUGAUUGUCUUUUUUCUAAGGAUCACUUUGACUGUUCUGGGUCUUUUGUGAUUCCAUAUUAAUCUUAAGAUUCAUUUUUCUAAUUCUGUAAAGAAUGUCAUUGGUAUUGAUAGAUUGCAUUGUAUCUGUAGACUGAUUUAUAUAAGAGGGACAUUUUCAUAUUCUUCCAAUCUAUGAGCAAGGACUAUUCUAUUUUUUUCUUUGUCCUUGGUGAUUACAUUCAUGAAUGUGGUUAUAAUUUUCAUUAUAGAGGUCUUUCACUACUUUUGUAAACUUUAUUCCUAUACACUUGAUUUUUUUUGUGUGUGUGGCUAUUGUAAAUGGGAUUUAUAUCUUGAUUUCUCUUUCAGCAAAUACAUUAUUAGUAUAUAGAAAGCUACUUUUUUUGUACUGCAACCUGAAAAAUUACUGAAUUGGUUUAUUGUGACAGCUUUUUGAUGAGAUAUUUAGAAUUUUCCUUGUAUAACAUCAUGUCAUCUGGGAACAUGAAUAUUUUGACUUCUUUCUUACCAGUUUUGAUUUACUUUAUCUCUCCUUCCUAAUUGUUCUUGUCAAUACUUCCAGUACUAUAUUGAAGAAGUGUUAAGUGGACAUCCUUGUCUUGUUCCAGAUGUGAGGGACAAUUCUUUCAGCUUUUCCCUGUUCAGUAUGAUAUUAGCUGUUGAUGUCAUAUACAGCCAUUUUGUUUUGAAAUAUGUUCCUUCUGUACCUAAUUUGUGGUUUUUAUCAUGAAGAGAUAUUGAAUCUUACCAAAUGCUUUCUCUGAAUCUAUUGAAAUGACCAUAUAGAUUUUGUUUUAUGAUGUUGAAUUAUGACAUUUAUUUAUUUGUGAAUCUUGAACCAUGCUUGCAUCUUUGGGAUAAAUUCCACUCUUUCAUGAUGUAUGACCUUUUUGAUAUAGUUUUGGAUUUGGUUUGCUAGAUUUUGUUGAACUGUAUCCACUUUCCAUCAGGGACUUGGAUCUGUAGUUUCAUUUCAUGUUGUGUCUUUGGUAUCGAUAUCAGUGAUAUUGACUUGAUAAAAAGAAUUUGGCAAAGUUCCAUCCUGUUAAAUAUUUUGAAAUAAUUGAGAUGUGUUGGAGUUAGUUCCUCUUUAAAUGCUUUGCAGAACUGAGUAGUAAUGCUAUGAGGUCCUGGACUCUUCCUUGAUGGAAGACUUUUAAUUACUGCUUCAAUAUUGUUGUUCAGAUUGUUUAUAUCUUCUUGGUUUGAUUUUGGUAGGUUAUAUGUAUCUCGGACCUUGUCCAUUUCUUUGAGUUUGUCCACUUUAUUGACAUGUAAUUUUCCAUAUUUCUUAUAAUCCUUUGCAUUUCAUUGGUGUCAUUUGUAAUAUUUCCUUUUAAUUUUAUCUGAAUUUUCUCUUUUUCAGUAUGGCUGAAUAUUUGUCCAUUUUGUUAGUCUUCUCAAAAUGUUUUUGAUUUUUUUUUAGUUUCAAUUUCAUUUUAUUUCUGCUCUGAUCUUUAUUAUUUCUUGCCUCUUUAUAACUUUGGGUUUGUUUUGUUUUUGUUUUUCUAAGUCUUCAAGAUGCAUCAUUAGAUCAUUUGAGACUUUUUUUUAAUGUAAGCACUUAAUGCUACAAACCUCCUUCUAUCACAGCUUUUGCUGUAUUCCACUGGUUUUGAUAUGUUGUGUUUUUGUUUUCACUUAUUUCAAAAUGUUUUUGAUUUAUUUUAUGUUUCAAGUAUUUAUUUGAAAGAGUUACAGAGGGAGGGAGGGAUAGAAAGAAAAAUCUUCCAUCUGCUGGUUCACUCCCUAAAUGGCUGCAACAGUUGGGGUUGGGCUGGGCCAAAGCAAGGAGAGAGAGCUUGUUUCAGGUCUCCUGAGUUAAGGGGCCCAAGCACUUGGGCAAUCCUGUGCUGCUUUCCAGGCACAUUAGCAGAGAGCUGGAUUGGAAGUGGAACGGUGCUCAUAUGGGAUGCCAGCAUUGUAGGUGGCAGCUUAACCCUCUAUUCCACAAUGCCAGCCUCUUGAUUUACUUUUUCAUUUCUUCAGUGACCCAUUGAUCAUUCAGUAGCAUGUUUAAUUUCUGUGUAGUUAGGAGUGUUUUCUUGUUCUUGUUGAUUACUAGUUUUAUACCUUUGUGGUCUAAGAAUAAAAAUGGUGUGAUUUCAGUCUUUUAAAAUUUAGUAAGAGUCAAUUUGUGGCCUAAUAUAUGGUAUAUCCUAGAGAAUGGUACAUGUGCUGAUGAGAAGAAUGUGUUUUCUGUAACUGUUGGGUGGAAUGUCCUCUGACAGGUCCCUAGUCACCCAUUAUUAUUGUUUUGGAGUGUAUCUCCCCCUUUAGGUCUAACAGUAUUUGCUGUAUUUUUCUUCGUGGUCCUAUAUUGAUGUCCUUUGUUUCUUUCUAUAUUUUUAAAUGUGAAGUCUUUUUAUCCGAGUGUUGCUGCUCCUGUUCACGUUUGGUUUCCGUUUGCCUGAUAACCGUUUUUGAGUCCUUCACUUUUCUGUUCAUGUCUUUGUUUCUGAGGUGAGUUUCUUGUAGAUAGAAUAUAGUUGGUUCCCCUUUAAAAAUCCAUUCAUCCAAGCUAAAUCUUUUGGUUGAGGACUUAAUCUAUUUUGACUCUAGGUUAGUAUUGAUGGAAAGAAUUAACACCUGCCAUUUUGUUGACUGGUUUCUAAUUUUACCAGUUCCAUUAGUAAUUUUAGUAGUGUUGUGUUUUCAUGUUUAUUUCUAACAUAAGGCUCCAUAAUUUCUUUUUCUUUUUUUAACAUAGAAACCUUUUAUUUAAAGGACACAAAUUUUGUGCAUUUCAUAAAUAUAAAUUUAGGAACACUUACUCUUUCCACCCUUCUUGCAUUCCCAUCCUUCCUCUUCCCUCUCAUAUUCCUAUUGUUAUUUUGACCAAGUUCUAAUUUUUAAAGAUUUAUUUAUUUAUUUGAAAGUCAGAGUUACACAGAGAAGGAGAGUCAGAGAGAGGGAUCUUCCAGCUGCUGGUUCACUCCCCAGUUGGCCACAACGGCUGAAGCUGCACCGAUCCGAAGCCAGGAGCCAGGAGCUUCUUCCAGGUUUCCCACGAGGGUGCAGGGCCCUGAGGACUUGGGCCAUCUUCUGCUUUCCCAGGCCAUAGCAGUGAGCUAGAUUGGAAGUGGAGCAGCCAGGACUCAAACUAGUGCCUGUAUGGGAUGCUGGUGCUGCAGGUGGCAGCUUUACCUGCUAUGCCACAGCGCUGGCCCCACUAAGAUCUAUUUUCAAUUAAUUUUAUACGCAAAAAGAUUAACCCCAUACUAAGUAGAGAGUUCAACAAACAGUAUGAAAAAACAUUUUUUUUUCCUCAACAGUUAAGACAAUGGCUGUUCAAAGUCAUUGCAUAUCAUAAGGCUAGUCUGGUGGUGGUGAGUUCUCUGUUUUUGUUCUUUUAAGACCUUGAAUGUAUCAUCCCAAUUCUCUUCUGGCCUGUAGGUUUUCUGCUGAGAAGUUUGCUGUUAGGCUAGUUGGUUUUUCCUUAUAUGUAACUUGAUUUUUUUUUGAGGGACACUUUUGAUAAAUCCUCAGUCACUGUAUCUUCCAAUAUUCUGCUCAUUAUCUCUCCUUUUCUGCUGAGAUUUCAACAAUAAUCAUACUACAGGUUUUCUGUAUAUCAAAUGUUUUAUGUUAUUUUCAUUAUUUCCAUCCUUUUCAUUCUGUUUUAGUCUAGAUUUUCUACUGAAAUCUUCUAUAUAUUAAUCCUAUCUUUAGCUACAUCUAUUCCAAUUUUAUAACCACUGUAUUGAGUUUGUAAUAUUAUGAAUGCAUUUUUAGUUUUAUAAUUUUUUGAGGUUUUUCAUUGUUGUCUAUCUCUGCAAACAUGUGUUGUUUUUAAAUCUCAUUAACAUGUAUAUCAGUUACUUUAUAAUCUAUUUCAUAACUCCAUUAUUAGACUUUCUUCUGAGUCUGUUUCUAUUGUUUUUUUCUUCCAUGCAUUUCUGUAAAUGUUGUCUUGUUUACUUUGAUGAAGUAGAAGACGUUGGACUGUGUAGGGAAACCACAGAUGUUAUCCUUCUUCUUAUGAUCUACUUUUGCUUCUAUUAGUGAAACCAGUGGCAGAUCAUGUUAAUUGAAGCAUGAACUGGCAUGUUUGGGAGUUAGGCUUCACUUCUAUUUGAGGGUUCAUUCUUAUUUGCUGAGUGUAACUUUUUGGGUUCCAACUAAAACCUUUGGAUAUUUUCCAGGGCCAUUCCCUCUUGGAAGGCAGUGAGAAUCAGUAUGUCCUCAGCGCUAUGAGAUUGUCAAAAUGAUUGCUCAGCACUUGAGACUCUCACAACCUUUUGCAGUUGACUGUUCCUCCUGGGUGCAGCUGUACAAACUGUGAGGCUCUUCUGUUCCUGUCUACUUUUCUUAGAUUCUGACUCCACAUUUUUCUGCCUUGGUUGCUCUCAAACAGAUGUAUUUUAUAUUUUUCUUCAACUUUUCUAAAUUUUGUUAACAUAAGAACUGAUCCAAAUUAACCUGGCAUACUCUUUCCAGCUGAAAUUUAUUUUUGCAUGUGGUAUAAAUAAAGAAUAAAAAUUUUUAUUUUUGUCAAUCUGUCAGAUUUUGCCAGGAGUAUUUAUUAAGUCAUCCUUCCUUUUCUUUUGGAAUUCAACAACAAACAUCUCACAUAUUCUGAAAUUGAUUUCUGGAUUUGAACCACCAAUUUACCUAUUUAUUUCUAUUGAAAUACAAUUUUAUGGUCUUAGGCCUCCCCAACAUCAUCCUUGCAUUUUUGUUGGAUAUUCUUUUAUUUAAUACUUUAAUAUAUAUUUUCAUUUGUCCAUUGUAAGAUAAAAUAUAGUCUUGUGUUUUAAUAAAAGCUAUAUUGAGUAGAAAUUCUAUUUUGGAGGGGCUGGUGCCAUGGUGCAGUGGAUGAAGCUGUGGCCUGCAGUGCCAGCAUCCCAUAAGGGUGCCAGUUCAACUCCUGGCUGUUCCAGUUCUGCUCCAGCUAAUGGAAAAGCAGCAGAUGACGACUUAAGUCCCUGGGCCCCUGCACCCAAGUGGGAUAUCCAGAAGAAGCUCCUGGCUCCUGGCUUUGGCCUGGCACAGCCCUAGCUAGCUUUUGUGGCCAUUUGGGGAGUGAACAUGUGGAUAGAAGAUUCUCUGUAACUCUACCUUUCAAAUAAAUCAAUCUUUAAUAAUAUAUAUAUGUAUAAAUGAAAUGCUGUUUUAGGGAAUAAUAUUUUGAUAAUACUCAUAAUAAGCUAUAUUUUCCAUGAGCAUGGAAGUUUUUUAGAUUUCUUAUCAGUGGAUUUGGUUAAAGCAAAUUUGACUAUUUUCAUUUAAUCAGAUCUUGCAAUUAUGUGUUUCUUUUUCUUCUAAUUUCUAUUUGUAAGGGAGGCAGGGAGGGAGGGAGGGAGAGAUUGAGAUUGAGAUUGAGAUUGAGAUUCAUUGAUUGAUUCCCUAGAUGCCUGCAACAGCUGGGGCUGGGUCAGGCCAAAGGUAUGAGUCCCAAAAAUAGUCUGGAUCUCCUACGUGGGUGAGAGGAACCCAUGUACUUGAGCUCUCAUCUGUUACUUUCUAAGGUGUGUAUUAUGAGGUAGCUGGAAUCAGAAGUGGAGCUGGAGCUCUUAAACACUACAUUAUGGGAUGUGCAUGUCCCACGUGGAAUCUUAACUACUUUGCCAAAUGUCUGUCCUUGUGUUUUGUCUUUAAGAUUUCAGCCUUAAGGUUAUGUAGGUCCUAAAUUUUCUCUUUCACGCCCACAAGAAACCACGGUGAGACUAGGACAAGAGCCAGGAGCUGGGAACUUAAUCCUGAUCAGCUUACAUGGAUGGACAGAACCCGAUGACCUGAGCCAUCACUGCUGCCUCCCAGGGUCUAUGUUAGUGGGAAGCUGCAUCAGGAGGUGAGCCAGGAAUUGAACCUAGGCACUUGGAUGUGGAACACCCACCCCUCAAAUUAUUUCUUUUUCAAGAUUUAUUUAUUUAUUUGAAAGGAGGAGCUGCAGAGAGAGUGAAGUCUUCCAUCUGAUGGUUCACUUCCCAAAUGGCUGCAAAGGCCAGAGCUGCACUGAUCUGGAGCCAGGAGCCAUUAGCUUCCUCCAGGUCUUCCAUGUGGGUGCAUAGGCCCAAGGACUUGGGGCAUCUUCUUCUGCUUUCCUAGGCCAUAGCAGCGAGCUGGAUUUGAAGUGGAGUAGCCAGGACUUUAAUUGGUGCCCACAUGAGAUGCCAGCACUGCAGGCAGCGGCUUUACCUGCUACAGCACAGCGCCGCCCCUCAAAUUAUUUCUAAUGUUUUGUUUCCUAGUUUUAAAUAAUGCCAUUAUUAAAAGAAACAUUUAACUAUAUUCUUUACAUUUAUUUCAUUUUGUUUUCUUAUAAUCUGUAUUAAAAUUUCCAGGAAAAUGAUGAAUAACUGAU